UUAGAACAUGUGAAAUGUGAACUCGAAGCGGCCAUGAUCACCAAAGUUUUUUAGUGACUAAUACAAUACCUAGAAAACUUCAGUGGGAGCUUCGUGAACACUGUCACCAAGGCAACAUUGCUCUAUUUGCAAAAAACGCUCGGCUCCAUAGCACAAAAGAGUUUGGCAGGUAAUGCCUUGGCUACGAAAAACGAGCAGGAAUUUUUAGUGCAAUAUCAACCAAGUAUCGAAAUUAUCAAAAUAAAUUAGCGCCAAAUUAGAGGAAAAGUAGUCGCCUUUUAAUUAUAAAACAUUGUGUGUGAAUCACUGAGCUGUACCAUAUGAUUUUAGCGGAAACUAUAGCUUUUUGUGAAAAGCUUUAAAUCUCGUUGACAACGUUUCCCAGCUAUAUUGGUGUGCUUUUGCAAAUAUGCGUAAAUUUUCGGAAAAAAGUGUUGUUUGAUCAGCUGAAGUGCUAAUUGCAAAUGAAUGUUUAUAUGUUUUUUGGCGAAAGAAGGGUAAAUUCACCACCAAAACUUGAUGUGAGCGUUUCUGGAUAUAACUAACAAAUGUUUUAGAUUGUUAUUGUUCGUCGGGAGCUGCUCUCAUCAAUAUUUAUGGUAUAUAUGGAUCUACUGGCAUUUUGAUUAUUUCAUGAAAUGUCUGUCACAAAGCGUCUUGUUUGUUCCAGAAGAAAACCACUCCCUGUUACAAGAGACGAUUAACGAUUCCCGCCUCAUUUUAAGUUUCUGUGGGUUAAGAGGAACUUAAACCUGACAAUAGAAGCGCAUAGCUGCAUAUCAUCAAAGGCUAAGACAUCUCGAUUUAAAGCUUCUGUCUAUGUUAUCGCGGCUACUCAGAAAGCGAAAGGAUCCCACAAUGGACAGAGGAUCGUAUUCCGAGUUAAGCCAAACAGAUGGAUCCAACCAAGGCGUUGAACUUGAGGUCAACAUUUCUCCUUUAGCAGAAUCUUCAGCCGAUAAAUCAUCCACACGUGAUAGGGAUCACGGAAAACGUACCGACUAUGUUCUUGUGUACGAAACUUGCAAAGAGAAGGAUGGAAAAGACGAAGAAUCCAAGAAGGAGGCCGAGGCUUUGGCGCGAUCACGGAGAUCUUUUGAAAGACGCCUUCAAAAGAAAGGUUUGGUCCUUCAACAUGAAAUUGUCAUUGCAGAAAAGGAACCUGAAGUACAACGCCAUUUUGUCUUGAUCCAUGCCCCUUGGGAAUUACUAGCCAGCCGCGCUGAAGAUAUGAAACUGAAGGUACCUCUCCAGCCCAAUGAUGUGGAGUUUACUUCGUGGCCUCAAUCUUUUUGUGGCCGUGAUCGAUUAGAGAAAAUGGCAAACUGGAAUCCCUUGAUCAUUCAUGAUGCCACAGUUAGAGAAAGAGCUGACAACUUCAUGGGUCGUUUUGAUAAAGAGCACCUGACGACGUACAUGAAUCAUGAAGACAAGGAAAUCUUCUUUCCCACCGUAGAUAGGAUGCACGUUGUCUAUCAAAUACUGCAGAACACCCGAUUUGCACAAGAUCCACAGUGUCUUGGACUGAAGAGGCUUGUGCUGGAUGGAGCCUACAUCGCACACUAUCCGUUACACGAGGGUACGGAAAACCUAUGUAAUGAGGAUUCUCCAGUCAAUGAUCGACAGCGCUUGAAGAGAGACUGGGCUCGACUGGGAAGAUGUUUCAAGUUCCAACCUUACGAUGCCAUCAAGGAUUACUUUGGACACGAAAUUGGCCUUUAUUUUGCCUGGCUUGGAUUUUACUCUGCCAUGCUGGUUCCACUUGCAAUCGUUGCUUUGAUCGUGUUCUUGUAUGGCAUAAUAACGACAGGCUCCCACGCCCCUGUACAAGACGUAUGCGAUGAAAAGAACGACGGUGUUUGGUACAUGUGUCCAUUGUGCGAUCGGCAGUGCAGUUACUGGAAUUUAGCUCCAACAACUUGUCUUUACACUUACGUCACGAAUGUCUUUGAUAACGAUGCCACGGUUAUUUUGGCUCUUGCUGCAUCCAUUUGGGCCACGCUCUUCCUUGAGUUCUGGAAGCGUCGGGAGGCUUCUCUAGCAUCAGAAUGGCAUACCUCAGACUUCGAAGAGGAAGAGGAACCACUUCGGCCAGAGUAUGUAAAAAGCUUGACGGAAGAAGAAAGGAAUCCUUUCAAGCCGGAUCCAGAGACUGGGAAGAUUGUGUAUAGAGCCUCUAAGAUGAAGCAGUAUCGUCGCUAUGCCACGGUUUUCAGCGUCAUUGCUUUCAUGAUUUGUUUGGUUAUAGCUGCAAUCAUCGGUGUGGUAGUGUUCCGAGCAGCAACUUUCGCCAUUCUCAGCAGCAACCCAGACCGUGUAGUCCAGAAGCGUGCUCGAAUACUAACCACUGGCUUUGCUGCCUGCAUCAAUCUUGUGGCCAUCACUUUACUGAAGUACGUAUACAACAAGCUGGCCGUUUGGUUAACCAACUGGGAGAAUCCCGCGACUCGUAGUGCUUAUGAAGACAGUUUCAUAUGGAAGAUGGCCUUGUUUCAGUUUGUCAACACCUUUGCCUCAAUUAUCUACAUAGCAUUCUUCAAGUCUCAGUCAAUCGUGGGAUCUCCCGGAAGAUACAGACGAGUUUUGGGCAAGUACCGACUAGACGGAUGCAGUGAACAAGGUUGUUUCUUAGAGCUCUGCAUACAGAUCGCGAUCAUUAUGGUUGGACAGCAGAUCAUUGGCAACGUUAUUGAAGUUGGCAUACCGUCGUUUCAGUUGUGGUUGAAACGGAGGAAGGCAGCAGAUUCUGGUGACCGUCCACAAUACGUCAAGGAUCAUGAACUAAGCGAGUUGGAGGAUCACUACCUUUUCUGGGACUACCUAGAAAUAGUCCUCCAGUACGGCUUUGUGACCAUGUUUGUGGCAGCCUUUCCGCUCGCACCAAUCUUCGCCCUUAUUAACGCAGUCUUGGAAAUCCGAGUGGAUGCCAUCAACUUUGUGUGUUAUCAUAGACGACCUAGAGCCGUUCGAGUUGAAGACAUAGGGGCGUGGCACGGUGUUCUCGCGGCAGUGACCAAGAUUGCAGUGCUAAUGAACGCGUUUAUUUUGGCAUUCACCUCGGAAUUCAUCCCCAAGCUCGUAUACAAGUACAGGUUCGCACCGGACCGCAACUCCCCUGGAGGAGGAACUUUAAAGGGAUACAUCAAUAACAGUCUCGCCUAUAUUGAUCUCAAGACUCUUUACACGUGGGAGCCUGGAACAGAGCCUAUAGAACCUACAGCAAACGUGAACUACACGAGAGAUUACUGCAGGUACUCAGGCUACUUUGACAACACAUACCCUUAUAACCGCUCAAAGGAAUACUGGAAUGUGGUUGCUGCCAGACUCGCUUUCGUUGUGGUCUUCCAAUUUCUCGUAUACUCCAUAACCAGCUUGAUAGCCUGGGCUGUUCCCGAUGUCCCUGAGAACCUGAAGUUCAAACAGGAGAGAGAGAAGCAAGUAGUGAAAGAAAAGUUAGGAGCUCCCAGUGACGAUGACGAUAGUGGCGAAGAUGAGGAUGACGCAGUCAAAACGAAUGAUGACGUAACACUUGUCUUUGGCAUCUAAAUAGAGCAGUUGAUAAAUAAAACAACUCGCAUCUGAAUUAGUUCAAAAAAAGAAAUUUAGUUCUGGGAGAAAAAUAUUUCUACAUGUAGGUAGUUAUAGAUUUCUAUGCAGUACAAUAUUAAACUGGUAUUGAGAAGCUAUAUUCUGUAGUCAUAGAAUCUUUAGUGUUUAAACUGAAUCAGGCUAUAGCAGGACUCACUUAUGGAAUCGAACAUGAAAUUAGAUGUUGAAAGUAAUUGAACUGGGUGGCCUAGCAUGAGGUCAUGUUACAAAUUGUUCAAUUUGCGUCAAUAUGAAAGAGAAUGAAACCCACUUGUUGCAUACUUGUUGUAAGGACAAGGUUCUUAUGCCAUUUUUGUCUAACAGCUGAGGCUUGGGAACCCACCCACUCUUUUUUAUUUUUUAGAUAAUUUUAGACGGUUAGAAACAUUAUGCACUUAAUUGACGAUUGGUUAGUACCAUUUCAGUGCUGCUUGAUUUUCAGUGGUGGUUGAGCUUUCCCCUUUAGCCUCGAUGUCUAAUUACUAGAGAACGCCAGCAUUUUCAAAUCGGACAGAUCAAACUGGAAACUGAUCAGAAUCGAUCAUUGUAAUCGACAAAAUUUAGGAAUCAAGCAGCUAUCGACGUUCGCCCACACUUUUUUCGGUAGCUUUCUUUACUUUAAUUUGACAAAAAAGAGUAGAGAUUGUGAAAAGGAAAAUAUUUUUCAGGCUCUCGUCAUCUUGAUCUAGCAGGUUUUGCCAUUUAAAGCAAUUCUGGAACUGUAACAAAAUUAAUAAUACAUGACACUUUUAAAACGACUAUGGGAUAAUUUCGCUAACUAUUUCAUGUCCUUGCGUAGAACCAGCCUUCGAUGUCAACUAAAGAAUUGUGAGAGAAAGGAAAAAGGUAGAAAAUGAUCAAAAUUAAGCAAUUAGCGUAAUGAAAGAAAAAAGCUAGAGGCUGAAAAAGAGACUGGGGAAAUAGAGACUAUUGGAAGUCUAUGGAAAUUGUGAAAAACAAGUAAACUGAACACUAAUAAACAAUAGAUUCAACUUUUAAA